GACUGGUUUCAUGGCUCCAGGAUGGAGGGAUUCCUGACCACGUUUCCUCCAUUUAACGUCUACGGUAACCCGGCCGGCGCCCCGCCGCCUCCGGGUACCAGCUGGGGGAAGCGGGAGGGCCGCUUCAUGACCCCGCAUGGACUCAACUACCUGGAGCUCUGCAAGGUCAUUCUGUCCCAGGUCAACCCCGGGUUACCUCCGCCACUGAAGCGAGCGAACACCAAAGAGUGCGGCGUGCAGGUGAACGCCAAAGUGGAUAAAGUGGUUCAGUGCUCGCUGGGUCCCAAGACGCUGUUCGGCCUGGAGAACGAGCUUCCCGUGUCCGCGAAGUCCCCGGAGAGCCCGGACCUGUCCGUGUCCAGCGGGAGGUCACAGUACGAGACACCGCCGCCGCAGGUGAGCCACCUGCGCUUCCUGAGGCCCGUGUCCAUCUACUCUCCCGUGUUUGACCGGAGGCUUUUCCUGAAGAAACUCGACGACGACGACGGUGGAAGUGAAGACGAAGACGAAGCUGAAGCAGCCGAACAGACGGAGUCUGACAAAGAUGCUGAAGCGGAACACAGUGGUGAAGACACGGUGAAGGACUUGAAGACGUCCCGCCAGUCUUCAAAGGGUUCACAAUUUCAGUUCCUGGAGCAGAGGUAUGGCUUUUUCCACUGCAAGAAGUGCAACAUCCGGUGGGAGAGUGCUUAUGUAUGGUGCAUCUCUGGUACCAGUAAGGUGUAUUACAAGCAGCUCUGCCGGAAGUGUCAGGUGGGGUUUAACCCCUACAGAGUGGAGCCAAUCAUCUGCAAGGGUUGCUCUCAGACGUCCUGCAGCUGUGAGAAGAAGCAGAGGCACAUAAACAUGAAGAGGCCUCACCGCCAGGACCUGUGUUGUCGCUGCAAGUGCAUGAGACUGUCCUGCGACGCCACCUACAGCUUCAAAUACAUCGUCUGAGCUCCAGGGGCUGUUGGCUCUGGUUGGUGGUCACCAAAUUCCUGAAUGAAACUCUCAUUCAGCCCACAUGUAGCACAUGGAAGCAGCCUCGAGUAACAGAGUUGAGAAGUGGCCGAAUCUCAAAAGGACUGUCUUUGUUCCCCCUGCAUCAUUCCUGGAGCAUAACUUUACAUGGAAACUUUUUGCUUGAAUAAAUAAAAAGAAUGAACUUAAA